AUGCGCGCUCCGGCGAGCCUCCUGCACCGGACAGCCCUCGCGGCAGCCGGCACUGGCCACACGUCGUCAUCACCUCAGCAGCAGGAGCAGACGGCGCCGGUGAUGGCGGUGAACUCGGACAUGGUGGUGAUCCUGGCGUCGCUCCUGUGCGCGCUUGUCUGCGUCCUCGGCCUCGCCCUCGUCUCGCGGUGCGCAUGCCGGCGACGCCGCUCUGCGUCAUCCUCCGACCACUCUCCUCCUCCGCCCAAGGGCCUCAAGAAGAAGGCCAUCGACGCGCUUCCCACCGUCUCCUUCGCCGCGACCGCUUCCCCGACGAUAUCAGCGGCGUGCUCGUCUUCUGAGUGCGUGAUAUGCCUGGCGGAGUUCACGGAAGGGGAAGGCCUGCGGGUGCUCCCACGGUGCGGCCACCGCUUCCAUGUUGCAUGCGUCGACGCCUGGCUCCGUACCUGCGCCACAUGCCCCUCCUGCCGUGCCCCCAUCAUCGCUGCUGCUCCGGCGCAGCCGCCGGCGACACCCACGGUGGUGGUUGUAGUGGCGGCCAACAACAGGUGCGGGAGGUGCGGCGAGGUGGCGGCGCCGGCUGGUGGUGAUGGCACCAUGAUUUUGCCUUAAUUAAUUUAUUUUAUAUGUUUCCUUUUCUUUUGUUUUACUAGUUAGGCGAAGUAAUUCAACAAGUUGUUUUAUUAGUUAGUUGUGUAUUGUACUUCUUGUGCUGUUUUGGUAGCUAGGUAGCCUGUUCGUCCAUCUAAUGCACUGAAAUAGCUCAAUUUUGUAGCUUGGCUGUCUUUUUUUUUUUGAAACAGAGACAAAAAAAUUGCUUCAUCGACUAAUUAAGCAGAAAAGA